CCUUUAUCGGUUUAUCCACCACUCACCGCCUUCAGCUGUAGUUUCCAGUCACCUAAUACUUGAGCUAUUGAGCGACAUUCCAUUGCUUUGGCCCUGAAACCCAGAAACCAUCGCCCAAUUUCCAGUUAGAGGGCAACCCUUUUCCUAUCAUAUCGUUAACUAUGGCUUCUUCAUUCUCAGCGCAGUUAGUGCAAAGUCAGAACUCGCUUCCUCGUCUUUCUCAGUUUCAGGGUAAUUACAGCCAAGAUGUGUCGAAGGUUCGAAGGCCACAUAUGAUUUGUAGCAGUACAAAAUCACAGCUUGGCUACACCAAAGCACUGGCAUCAAAAUCUCAUUAUGCCUCAAGUUUUUCUGUCUCAAACCAAUCCGGAGUAAAAUCAAUCUCAUAUAAGAGAAUGACAUGUGUCGACGCUGACCAAAAUGUCCUAGAGCUGCAAGCCAAAGUGACCAACAAGUGUUUCUUUGAUGUAGAAAUUGGGGGUGAAUCUGUUGGCAGGAUUGUUUUGGGCCUAUUUGGAGAAGUUGUGCCCAAAACUGUUGAAAAUUUCCGUGCUCUUUGUACAGGAGAGAAAGGAUAUGGUUACAAGGGAUCCCACUUCCACCGCAUAAUCAAAGAUUUCAUGAUUCAAGGAGGGGACUUCACUGAAGGAGAUGGAACUGGAGGAAUCAGCAUCUAUGGCUCUAGUUUUGAAGAUGAAAGUUUUGCCUUGAAGCAUGUUGGUCCUGGAGUUUUGAGCAUGGCAAAUGCAGGUCCUAAUACUAAUGGGAGUCAAUUUUUCAUUUGUACUGUAAAGACUCCAUGGCUGGACAAUCGUCAUGUUGUUUUUGGGCAUAUCGUUGAUGGAAUGGAUGUUGUGAAGACGCUUGAAUCCCAGGAGACAAGCAGGUAUGAUGGCCCUCGGAAGCCAUGCAGAAUUGUUAAUUGUGGAGAGCUGCCUCUAGAUGCUUGAUCCUUCCUCUGAAGCGCAUGAGAAUUUUCUCUUUUGCUAUGACAAUUUUCAAGCUUUAGUCUUCUGCACCUUUUGAGUUGAGGGAAAAUGUAGUGUCGUUUAAGUGACAUGGCAAUAAAGGCGAGAUUUGGUGAGGGAACUAUUGUCAGGAUGAGUACGAAAACGUUAUUUCAUAUGUACUAAACUGAUACACAUUUGCUAAAUCUUAUAAUUGUAGUACUUUCUUCUUCCCUAA